CACCUUAGUAGACCAGUAGCAUCUACUUUGGCCAACAAAGAGCGCAUGAUUGUCACAGACUACAUCAAGGACGUAGUCUGUACCUUCUCCUAUGGAGGAGGAGAGCUAAACCAUAAGAUCUCGUUCUUGGUUAGCGACGACCUGCCAUUCGAAAUGUUGUUAGGCAUGUACUACCUCGAAGUUGCUAAGCCCCAGUUCGACUGGGAUAAGAAGGUGCUUAAGCAUAAGUUGCCCGAUGGCCGAACUGUCAGAAUGACUAAGUUCAAGGCCAGCAGUGUUGUAGAUACCUAUGGCUGCUUGUGUGCAUCAGCGUUCUAUAACUACUACAAGCAAAACCAAGAGGAAGGUAUGUACCUCGUUUACGUCUCUGAGAAGAGGGAGGCCGUUAAAACACCCCCAGAAAUAGAACGCGUCGUUGCUAAGUUCCCCGAUCUGUUCGAGGAGCCUACAGGAGUUGUUGAUGGGGAAGUCGUCCACGCUAUAGAAAUCAUUCCAAGGAGUAAGACCCUAAAGGGAAGGAUCUAUAGGAUGGCCCCUGCCAAGUUAGAUGAACUUCGAAAGCAACUCAAGGAGCUGACAGAGAAGGGUUGGAUUCGGCCUAGUACUUCCCCUUACGGAUCACCUGUGCUAUUCGUACCGAAGAAGGGGGGUACUUUGAGGAUGUGCGUUGAUUAUAGGGGCCUCAAUGCCAUCACUGUGAAAAACGUAGAGCCUCUACCUCGCAUAGACGACCUAUUGGAUAGGGUGCAGGGAUGCAAGUAUUAUACAAAGAUAGACUUGAAAUCCGGAUAUCACCAGAUCGCAAUAAGACCUGAGGACCAACACAAGACAACUUUUCAGACUAGAUAUGGUCUGUAUGAGUUUGGAGUGAUGCCUUUCGAUCUUUGUAAUGCGCCGGGUACGUUCCAGCACACUAUGAAUCGGAUCUUCCAUGAACAUUUAGAUAAGUUUCUCGUGGUCUACUUAGACGACAUUCUGAUCUUUAGUAAGUCUGCCGAGGAGCACGCACAGCAUGUUGAGACAGUUCUCCCACUCCUGCGACAGCACAAGUAUAAGGUCAACUUAGAGAAGUGCGAGUUUGGUCGUACUAAGAUACUAUACCUGGGUCAUGAAGUAUCCGCGGAGGGAAUUAGGUCGGAAGAUGCGAAGGUGGCUAGUAUUCGAGACUGGCCACGACCUCAGACAGUCACUGAGGUCAGAUCAUUCUUAGGAAUGUGCGGCUACUAUAGGAACUUCGUCAAGAACUAUUCUACAAUCGCCUCUCCUUUGACUGAUCUAACUCGACUUGACACCCCGUGGGACUGGAGUGAUGAGUGCGAGAGUGCUUUCAAGAGAUUGAAGCAUGCACUCAUGAAUCAUGAAGUUCUCAUGGUUCCCGAUCCGCAAAAGCCAUUCAUAGUGACCACUGACGCAAGCCAAUAUGACAUUGGCGCAGUGCUGGCUCAGCAGGAUGGGAAAAAGUUGAGACCGAUUGAUGGCGAGAUAUCUUCAGGAGAGUUUUCUCUCGCCACUGGGGCAGAUUCAGUGUAUCAGAGAGUUGGGGGUGAAUCGCCUCAUCAUACUGGAGCAGAUCAACAGGUUUCAGGAGAUUUUGUACGUGGGAAGCUCUGGAAGACUGUCUGCAAGUACUGGCGAGACCAGGGUUUGGCAGCCAUAGCCAAAGCUUCAUCACCCACUGAGGAUUGUACUUCAACUGACACAGGUGUAGGGAAGGUUGAGGACGUGAUUAAGGCUGAAGGGGAACCCUCAACCACAACACCACCUCCCCCUCCUCUGACCCCUGCGCAACGGCCUAAGAGAGAGAUCCAAGAAAAGUUGCGAGAGCAACAGGCGCUGCUCGCAGAAGCCGAGAGACAGGAGGCUGCUGAACUAGAAGCUGCAACAGAUGCUUCCAGAAAAGAACAUCUGAUGCAGCAGGCCCAAAAGACUGUUGCAGAUACUAGAGUGACCCAGUGUACAAGGGACCUGGCUGACCUGGUCCUCCUGCAGGACAAGCUGACCGCCGACCACUUUACAAAUUGGGAUGAGAGGAUCCAGAGGCUGGAGACCAGAGUGGCGGAUCUGGGAACUCAACAGUCAAAGAUCUUGGAUGCUAUCCAGAAUCUGACUGCUCAGUUAACAGCAGCAAAGGUCAUCAGUCCCCUGGUCCCUGUGGUCCCCACUCUAAAACCUAAACAUCCUUCUCAGCCCCCUUCUCCACCUCUUUCAUCCUCUGGAUCUCCUCACUCUUCGCGCAAGGCUUCUCCCACUGUCUCCUCCCAGGCCAAAGCCACACCUCCUCCCACCUUUGCUGCUGUUGUUGCUGGGGACAACAGAGGUCCCAAGAUUCCUGCCCCCAACAAAUUCAAGGGGGAUGACCCCAAGAUUGAUGUGGGGGACUGGACUGCUGGAACCCGGGCCUAUCUGAAGGGGUUCCAGUGCCCGGAGCAGCAAAAGGUGGCCACUGGCGUGGGUCUGCUGGAGGGGCCUGCCCAGAAAUGGGCUACCUUUACAGCAAGUGCCCAAAAUCAGACUUUGGAGGACUGGGCCCUGGCACUGGGGGCUGACAAACUUUUGCAGACCCUGGAAGAUCGGUUUGCAGAUAAAGAAAGAGUCCGCAAAGUUGCUGAUAAGAUAGUACGCCUGGGCCAGCAGCGUUACAGCGGCAGUCUGCAGGCCCUGUUUGCUGAAUUUGAACAGCUGACUUCCACCCCUGGUUUGGUGAUGUCUGCAGAUGAUCUGUUGACUAACUUUUGCAGGGUUGUGCCUGAAAAGUUAUGUGUUGCGUUGUACAGCGCCGGUCACAAAGACUGGAGAUCAUUUGGACGUGCAGCACUGGCCAUGGAAGCCAAGCUUCAUGUCCAGGCCCCCUCUAGUGACAAGAGGAGAGGCGCCUUCCCUCGCGGUGGUAGAAAGGGAAAGGCGGCCUUUGCAUAUGCGGGGUCUGGGUCAGCCUCUGACACAGGUUCCCAGCCUGACGCUCCCUCUACUCCCUGUCCUCCUGAGAUACAGCAGGUUGUGGACCAAUAUGCUGAUCUGAUGCAGGAGCCCUUUGGGUUACCCAACCGGCCAACCAAGCAUCGUAUUGAGCUGCUGCCUGGAGCGGUCCCUCCCAAGGGCCGCAUCUACAGGAUGUCACCUGCUGAGCUUGAGGAGCUCAGGCGACAGCUUGAGACCCUGACCAGCAAAGGCUGGAUCAGGCCCCACACUUCUGAAUUCGGUGCUCUAGUCCUCUUUGUCCCAAAGGGGAGUGGGGAAUUCAGAAUGUGCAUCGACUACAGGGGUCUCAACAAGAUCACUAGGAAGAGCACAGAGUCACUUCCUAGGAUCGACGGCCUUCUGGAUAUGGUCCAGGGUUGCACCAUCUUCAGCAAAGUCGAUCUCAAAUCUGGCUACCACCAGAUUGAGAUGGCAGAGGAGGACGUCCAUAAAACGGCCUUCAAAACCAGGUAUGUUACUCAUGAGUACCUGGUGAUGCCAUUUGAACUCUGCAGUGCACCUGGUACAUUCCAGACUGAGAUGCACCCCAUAUUCAGGCCGUACCUGGAUAAGUUUAUGGUUGUCUGCCUGGAUGAUAUCCUGGUAUUCAGCAAAACUACCAGGGAACAUGCGGAGCACCUGGCUCUGCCUGAUGAUAUCCUGUGGUUGAAGUCCCAGGGAGAGUUGAAUGAUAAACUGGCACGCUACAUCCAGUUCAUUGAUCUGUUUGACUUUGAACAAAAGCAUAAGAAGGGCUGCUACAACAAGGUAGCAGACACCCUCUCUCGUAGGCCUGACUCUUUUGCGUUGAUCUCCUCUACUCACUCCUUUGGAGAGGAGGUCCGUCAUACCAUCGCUCGUUUGCUGCCUCAGGAUCCGACUUAUGGACCCACCGUCGGGAAUCUGCAAGCAGAUCCUAAUUCUGAACCUGGCUAUGCACUGAGUUCAGAUCUGCUGUACACUUACAGCAGAGGAGAGGAGCGCUUCUGCAUCCCUGAGGACCAACAACUGAGGACACUGCUGAUGUCAGAGUGCCACGAUGCGCGUGGACACUUUGGGUUCCUAAAGUCAUAUGCAGCCCUCUCGCAACGCUUUUUCUGGAAGGAGAUGCGGAGUGAUAUGCUGCGCUAUGUGGACACCUGUGAACUCUGCCAAAGGAACAAGGUUCAGUGUAAACCUCCUUCGGGAUUGCUCAAACCUUUGCCCAUACCUGAUGGUCCUGCCCAGUCUGUGUCUAUUGAUUUCACAGACUUAGUCAAGACUACCCCUCGUGGCAUGCGUCAGGUCAUGGUCUGCGUGGACAGGUUCUCCAAAUACGCACCGCCCACCUCUAUUGUGAGUGAUCGAGACCCCAGAUUUUGCAGCGAUGAGUGGCAGUCCUAUUGCAAGGACUAUCUGCACUCACGCCUGGACAUGACUUCUGGUCGUCACUCUCCUGAUCAGCAGGACUGGGAUCUCCACUUGGUGAGGUCACAACUCAUGUAUAACAUGUCUGUCCACUCCUCGACAGGGUUCAGUCCCUACCGGUUACAUUGGGGACGUGAACCACGACAGCCUCUCGAUGAUAUCAUCGAUAAGGCUAAGCCUGACCUUACCCCAGGCACUGCAGAGUUCGCCAGACGCUAUCCUCUGGAUGUGGAGAGAGCCCGGACGAACUUGUUCAAGGCCCAAAAGGCCAUGAUUGAACAAGCAAACCGCCACAGGCGGCCUUCCCCUAUCCGCACUGGUGACUAUGUCUGGGUGGCCAGUUCUGAGUCGUCGAGGGAGGAGGAUAUCUCUCCCAAGCUGCUGCCAUGCUACCUGGGUUCGUGGCAGGUUCUAAAUACAGUGGGCGCUGAUCCUUUUGGCCCAUCGUACGUCAUUGACGUGCCCCUGCAUCUACGAACCUAUCCGGUCUUCCAUGCAUCUAAGCUGCUGCCUUUCAUACCAGCUGAUGCAUUCCCGGACUGGCCCCCUCAAUGGGGCCCACCAAUCCCUGGUAAGGGAUAUGAUGUGGUGGCCAUUGAGGACGAGUGGGGCAUUGGCCCCGACCGACAGUAUCUUGUCAGGUUUGCAUUCCAGCCUCCUUCUGAGAACCGAUGGUUCUACAGAAGAGACUUGUUCAAGACAGCAAAGUCUGUAGUUCUGCGGUAUGAGGCGGCUCAAAAGGGUAAUCUACGCCGCUCACCUCGUCUGCACCCCUAGCUCGGAGGUCCUCGCUCCCGGGGAGGGUAAGCCUSCAAUGACUUGCUGAUUUCUGCUGCCGAGUUUGUCUGCGAGGUUGUACACUAACCG